AUGUGUUGGCUGACCAAGUUAGAAUUUGUUGAUGCCAGUCACAAUGAUUCCCUUGAGGUUCCCCCUCGAGAGGUGGUGGAUAAGGGGGCUGUGGUGAUCUUGGAUUAUUUGAGGAAAUUCAAUAGAGCCAAAUGGACAGCAAAAUUGGAUUUGAGCUGCAAUGGGUUGACUUUUGUCCCGAUUGAGGUUGUGCGAAUGACGAAUCUGACUCAACUGAAGUUGUUCAAGAAUAACUUAACAAACUUACCAUCGGCGAUUGGAGGUCUGCUCAAAUUGACUUCUCUGUCAGUGAUUGAUAACAAGAUAUCUGUGCUGCCCCCAGAAAUGGGAAAGCUUUUGAACUUGCGGAAAUUGAGAAUUUCAUACAAUGAUUUCACAAAGUUGACUCCGGUCAUAGGGCAAAUGACAAAGUUGGAAUCUUUGAAAGCGGAUAACAACAGUAUCACUCAUUUGAUCCCUGAAUUUGGCAAGCUGGACCUGAGACUGUCGAACAACCAACUUGAAAGUCUGCCGACAGAAAUGGGCUCAAUGACUUCUCUCACUCAAUUGAAGCUGCCAUUCAACUUGUUGAAGACUGUGCCAAAGGAGAUCGGGGACCUGGAGAAUCUGAUAGAACUUACGUUGCAGAACAAUUCUCUUGAACGAAUUCCAAUGGAGCUGGGCAAACUAUCUCAACUUGAGGCUUUGAUGUUAGACCACAACAAAGACCUGAUCAAUAGUCUUCCUGCAAAUAUUGGAAGAUGCGAAAAAUUGAAAGAGCUGUGGUUGUCGGACAAUCGAUUGACAAGUAUGCCUGUUGUCAUCGAAGCUUUCACGCAGAUUGAAGUGCUCAAGCUUGUUGGAAACAGAAUAGAGGAGCUGCCGAAACAAAUUGGCACUUUGACUUCCUUAAAAGAGCUCCACUUGGCCUGGAAUCAACUGACAACACUGCCAGUGGAGAUUGGAAAUCUUGCGAACCUCGAAAAGAUGUUGCUCAGCCAUAAUCGCUUGCAAAGGAUUCCUGUUGAAAUUCAGAAUUUGACGUCGCUCACUUACCUCAACGUCGGAAAGAAUCGCUUGCCCAGUCUCCCCAAUGAGAUCGGCGAUCUUGACAACCUGGAAGAGUUUAGAACGCAUCACAAUCAGAUACAGGCUAUCCCAUCGUCCAUCGGUCGUUUGCUCAAACUGAAAAUUCUUGAUGCAUCUGAAAAUCAGUUGACAACACUGCCAGACUCCAUAGGAGAGUUGACUUCGCUCGCUCAUCUCGAUCUCGCUGUGAACAACCUCGAGGCGCUGCCUGGCACUAUUGGGAACUUGACGGCGCUCAAGAAGCUGCUCCUCUACCGCAACAAGCUCACGAUCCUCCCGCUGACUGUAGGCAAACUGACGAACCUAGAGACUCUAGAUCUUCAAACGAAUCGCCUCACCUCUCUACCUCCGGGGGUUGGCAAUCUGAAGAAUCUGAUGAAGUUCAACUUGAUUCAGAAUGCUCUAGUCAAACUCCCUCCCUCCAUUGGUUCGCUCGAGAGUUUGACUCAGUUGUCACUGCGAGAAAACCAACUUGCGAUCCUUCCAGCUUCCAUGAACAUGUUGUUCAACCUCCAGAUCUUGUCUCUCAGUGCGAAUCGCCUCUACGAACUCCCGCCACUGAUUGAGGACCUCACCACCCUGCAGGUUUGUCAAGAUCUACCGCAAAAGUCUUUAACGCCUUCAUUGCAGGUUCUCACCAUCUCCGACAACGCUCUUGAAACUUUGCCGGUCAAGAUUGGAAACUUCCGUGCGCUGACGCAGUUAGCUGUGAGCAACAAUCAGUUGAAAGAACUCCCUGCCACCAUAGGUGCUUCCUGCAUUCUGCGUGUCUGUUGA